AUGGAUAUGAGGUCUGAAGGCCUGGUCAACUUCUCCUCUUUGCGAAACCAGAUGACUGCUUUCAGGAACUGCUCGGAUGAGAGCCUCUCAUUUGAGAAGUUCUAUAUCCCCAUAAUUUAUUGCAUUCUCUUUCUGGUAUGCUUCCCGGGGAACAUCAUUGUCAUUUCCAUCUAUAUCUUCAAAAUGAGGCCCUGGAAAAGCAGCACGAUCAUUAUGUUGAACUUGGCCAUCACAGACUUGCUGUACGUGUCCUGCCUUCCGUUCUUGAUACAUUACUCGAUCAACGGAGAGCACUGGGUCUUUGGGGGCUUCAUGUGCACGUUCAUCCGCUUCACCUUCUACUUCAACACCUAUAGCAGCAUCCUCUUCCUGACGUGCUUCAGCCUCUUCCGUUUUUUUGUCAUCGUCUACCCGAUGAACUGCUUCUCCAUUCAGAAACGGAGAUGGGCCGUCAUAGCCUGUGCUUCAGUCUGGAUCGUUUCUCUGUUCAUGGUUAGCCCGAUGAUCCGCUUCAUCGUUGUAAAAGAAAGAGAGAACAGAUCCCUUUGCUUGGACCUGACUAAUUCGGAAGACCUGGACUCUGUACGGUUGUUCAACUGGCUCCUGACAACAUUCGCUUUCUUUUUGCCUUUAGUGCUUGUGACUCUUUGUUAUGCGGUGAUUAUCUACAAGCUGGCCAGAGGGCCCCACACUCAAACUUCAGUCAAGCAAAAGGCUCGCAGGCUGGCUAUCGUCCUCCUGGCCGUCUUCUAUUUGUGCUUCUUGCCAUUCCACAUCUUCAGAGGCCUUCGCAUUGAGCUAAAGAUCCAUCCAGUCAGCUGCAAGAUCGAGAAGCAGAUCCGGGAUGUUUUCACUGUGACUAAAUCCUUGGCUUCGUUAAAUACUUUUGGUAACUUAAUAUUUUAUGUGGUGCUGGUAGAUAAGUUUCAACACGCCAUUCUUUCUAUCUGUAAACUGAACACGAAGAAGACUAAGAAAUAG